AUGACUGUGAUAUUGCCGGCAAAUGACUUAGAUGAUCUUUCUUGCUCUCCGCAGGGUGCAGGUCUUGCAGUGAGCGGGCGUCGGGCCUCCGCCGCCUCCCCCUCGCCGCCCCGCCCCGCCCGCGCCGAGAGGGAGAUCAGAGCGACGCCCUUCAAGAGGAGCAGGUCAAGGGUCUACUAUGCCUCGCAGACCUCAGACAACUGGCCCGGUGACGGCGGCGCGGGCAAGGACAAGGCGGUCAGGCGCAACAUCAGCCUGAGUCCCACUCGAGGCUCCUCCUCGAGCGCCGCCAACGCGGUCGUCACGCCCGUCGCGAAGACGACGCCCGCCGCCAAGAGCGGGUCGGCCUCGAGGAGCUCAUCCAGGAGCGCCCCGGCGUCGCGGGCCGGUUCGGCGCGCAGGGCGGGCCACAAGGAGCCCGCCAUCCUGGAGGUCUCGAGCUCGGGGGAGGAGGUGGGCGAGGGCGAGGGCGAAGGGGAGGCCUCCUCCCCCCUGGGCUCCUUCAGAGGCUCCCUCAGGGGCUCCCCCUCCCACCGCUCGCAGGACUCCGGCUACUCGGACUCCGGGGAGUCCAACGCCCACAACGACAGCGACGGCUCGCCGGCGACGCCCCCGAACGUGAAGCACAUCACCCGCGUCUACUUCGGCGACAGCCACGACCCGGCGCGCCUCUACAACGACAAGAUCGUCUGCUCCCCCGAGCUCAAGGCGGGCAAGGUGAGCGCCCCGAGCGGCAGCCCCGCCAGCCUGGCCUCGGAGGCGUCCUCCGCAAGCAGCGGCAGCAGCCCCGGCGAGCGCCGUGCGGCCCCCCUCGAGGAGCUCGCGGAGGAGCUGGAGCACAAGGCCUGGAGGCCUCGGCGGCUGCGGCGGCCGACGCACGGGCGCCGUCAGGAAGAGGAGCACGAACGCGGGCUCCUCCUCGGCCUCGGACGCCAGCAAGCGGCACUCGCGGAGGAGCAGCAGCUCGACUGCGCUCUCGGAGCCUCGGCCAGACGCAGCUCGCCGCCCCGCGCCCCUAAGGGCCCGGAGGCGCUGGUCUGCGGCGGACCUGCAGCAGCAACAGCCACACCAACUGCAGGAGGAUCAGAGGCCGCGCAGGCAGCAGCCGUCGCCUGCAGCGCCGCCCACACACGCCUCGCGAAGCACCAGCACCAACGACCUGCCGUCGAGCGCUCGCGCGGGCGUGACCUGCUCGCUCGACGCCCUCGACGACCCCGUGCCGGCGUCGCGGGUGGCGGGCGAUUGCGACACACACCCCGAGGCCCUUCCACGCCUCUACGACGCCCUCCGCACGCGAGACCCACACGCCCCGCGCCCGCCCGCAUCACGCCCGGCGCCUCAAAAUACAUCCGGCUGCCAUCGCCCAGGAGAUGAGGAACGGAUCCGUCAGCCAGUGGUUGUCCGAACUCCGAACUCUGUACGAAGCCGAAUGCAUGAACACGUUGCAGUCGAAGUCGGUGCCGGGCGAAUCCGGACGCCGCUGCCCCUCCUUCCCCUCCACCCGCGAC